AAAGUGUCUCGUGCUGUUCCAGUUUCAGAGGGGGCGGGUCUUCGUUCCGGCACGCUCCGCUUUAAUACCACACUAAUGUCCUGCCACUCACUCCGUCUCUGAUAGGCACGAGCGCUUCGCUGAAAACGGCCGGUUUUGAUAAGUCCAUUAACGAAGCUGUGAUUGUGGUGCUGCUCGGAGAGGACUGGACUCUACCUUGGACCUCGAGACCCUCCGGACAGUGCGUGUGAGUGAAGGUUACCUGAGCCACCCCGGCUGCUGCUGCAGGUCGCUGAGGCACAAGGCCAGAUUGAUUACACAGCCAGCCUGAGGCCAGAACCCAGUCUCCAGAAUGAGAUGCUUGUUUAUGUGUGUCGGUGUGCUGCUGGCUUCAGUGGCCAUCAUGGAGGCUAGACCCAAAGCAGCUGGAAAUCAGAAGUGUAAAUCUGGCCCAGUCGACCUCGUCUUCAUCAUUGAUGGCUCGCGCAGCGUUCGUCCGCACGAGUUCGAGACGAUGCGGAAGUUCAUGAUUGACAUCAUCCACGAGCUGGACAUUGGCCGGGACAACACCCGAGUUGGUGUUGUUCAAUAUUCCAGCCAAGUCCAGAACGUCUUCUCCCUCAAAGACUUCACAACACACCAGCAGAUGGUCAAAGCCAUCAACGAGAUCAUUCCGCUGGCACAGGGCACAAUGACUGGUCUUGCUAUCCGCUACGCCAUGAACGUGGCCUUUUCCGCUGCAGAGGGAGCCCGGCCUAACGUCCCUCAUGUAGCGGUCAUCGUGACUGAUGGACGGCCUCAGGAUCGCGUUGCUGAAGUGGCAGCCGCUGCCAGAGAGUCCGGCAUUGAGAUCUACGCUGUGGGUGUGGCCAGAGCAGAUAUGACGUCCCUGAGAGCCAUGGCAUCCCCGCCCUUUGAAGAUCAUGUGUUCUUGGUGGAGAGCUUCGAUCUCAUUCACCAGUUCGGGCUCCAGUUCCAAGACAAGCUUUGCAAAAUUGAUCUUUGUGUUGAGUCCGAUCAUGGCUGUGAUCACAUCUGCGAGAGCUCUCCCGGCUCCUAUCAGUGCCUCUGCCUGCCAGGGUACACUCUCAAUGAGGACGGCAAGACCUGCACAGCCAUAGACUUGUGUGCGGAGGGGAAGCAUGACUGCGAGCAGAUCUGUAUCAGCUCUCCUGGCUCUUUCACCUGCGACUGUAAUACUGGCUACACACUCAAUGAAGACAAGAAGACCUGUACAAUGAUCGACUACUGCUCAUUCGGAAAUGAUAGCUGUGAGCACGAGUGUGUCAGCGUCCUUAACGGCUUUAACUGUCGCUGUAAGGAAGGAUACACUCUCAAUGACGACGAAAGGACCUGCACAAUGAUCGACUACUGUUCAUUUGGGAAUGAUAGCUGUGAACACGAGUGUGUGAGUGUGCUCCAAAGCUUUUAUUGCCGCUGCAAUGAUGGAUACACCCUCAAUGAGGAUGAGACAACUUGUACAAUGAUCGACUACUGUUCAUUUGGAAACGACAGCUGUGAGCACGAGUGUGUGAGCAUCCUCAAUGGCUUUAACUGUCGCUGUAAAGAGGGAUACAAGCUCAACGACGACAAAAAGACCUGCACAAUGAUCGACUACUGUUCUUUUGGAAAUGAUAGCUGCGAGCACGAGUGUGUGAGCGUCCUCAAUGGCUUUUACUGUCGCUGUAAUGAGGGAUACACUCUCAAUGAAGAUGAAAGGACCUGUACAAUGAUUGACUACUGUUCAUUUGGAAACGAUAGCUGUGAGCACGAGUGUGUGAGCAUCCUCAAAGGCUUUUACUGCAGCUGUAAUGAAGGAUACACUCUCAAUGAAGACAAGAGGACCUGCACAAUGAUCGACUAUUGUUCAUUCGGAAACGAUAGCUGUGAGCACGAAUGUGUGAGCGUCCUCAAAGGCUUUAACUGCCGCUGUUACGAAGGAUAUACACUCAACGAGGAUAAGAGGACCUGCACAAUGAUCGACUACUGCUCAUUUGGAAAUGAUAGCUGUGAGCACGAGUGUGUGAGCAUCCUCAAAGGCUUUAACUGCCGCUGUAAUGAGGGAUACACACUUAACGAGGACAAGAGGACCUGCACAAUGAUCGACUACUGCUCAUUUGGAAAUGAUAGCUGUGAGCACGAGUGUGUGAGCAUCCUCAAAGGCUUUAACUGCCGCUGUAAUGAAGGAUACACACUUAACGAGGACAAGAGGACCUGCACAAUGAUCGACUACUGCUCAUUUGGAAAUGAUAGCUGUGAGCACGAGUGUGUGAGCAUCCUCAAAGGCUUUAACUGCCGCUGUAAUGAAGGAUACACACUUAACGAGGACAAGAGGACCUGCACAAUGAUCGACUACUGCUCAUUUGGAAACGAUAGCUGCGAACACACGUGCGUGAGUGUCCUCAAAGGCUUUUAUUGUCGCUGUAAUGGUGGAUAUACACUCAACGACGACAAGAAGACCUGCACAAUGAUUGACUAUUGCUCAUUUGGGAAUCACAGCUGUGAUCAUGAAUGUGUGAGCGUACUCAAUGGAUUUUACUGCCGCUGCAAUAAAGACUACACUCUCCAGGAGGACGGGAAGACCUGCCAGGCGGACAACCUGUGCAAUGUCGUGGAGCAUGGCUGUGAGCACCAGUGUGUGAGUACUCCAGGAUCGUACUACUGCAUCUGCCCUGAAGGUCAUCUUCUACAGGACGAUGGAAAGAGCUGUGGAAGCUGCAGAUCCUCCAACAUUGACCUGGUCCUCCUUAUUGAUGGCUCUAAGAGCGUUCGGCCCCAGAAUUUUGAGCUUGUUAAGCAAUUCGUCAACCAGGUCGUGGACCAGCUAGAUGUCUCUGGUCACGGAACACGUGUGGGUCUCGUUCAGUACUCCAGCAGAGUGAGGACUGAGUUCCCACUCAGCAUGUACAAGAGCAAGGAGGAGAUCAAGGCUGCUGUGAUGAAGGUGGAAUAUAUGGAGAAGGGAACCAUGACUGGGCUGGCACUGAAACACAUGGUGGAGAACAGUUUCUCUGAGGCCGAAGGUGCUCGCGCUGCCUCAAGGAACAUCCCCCGGAUCGGACUGGUGUUUACUGAUGGUCGUUCUCAAGACGACAUUACAGAGUGGGCCAAGAAAGCCAAGGAUGCAGGCAUCACUAUGUAUGCUGUUGGUGUGGGCAAAGCUGUGGAGGAUGAGCUGAGACUGAUUGCCUCUGAACCUGUGGAGAAGCACUUCUUCUACACUGCUGACUUCACUGCCAUCAGCCAGAUUGCAGAGAACCUCAAACUCAAUGUCUGUGCAGAGGAAAGUCAGGGUGAAAUUGAGGUGAAGGACCCCUGUGCCUGUGACAGCCUUGUGGAGUUCCAGCAGGCCACCAUGACCACUCUGAACCAGCUCAACCAGAAACUGUCAGCAAUGACUGUCCGAUUGGAGAAGCUGGAGACUCAACUGCUCACAAGAAAAUGAGGCUGGAACAUCAUCUGCAAGCCUGUGGGCUUUAGGUGCUGAGCUCCCUUUGAGGGGGGGCACUCAAGUGAUGGCCUAGUCUGGCCCCAGAAAAGAGUUCUACCAAAACCAACGUUCUGUGGGUACAGAACAAGCAAAUGAACCGUACCUAAAUUUGGAAUCGCCGUGCAUGACCAUACAUGCACCGGAGUUCAACAUGUGAAUUCCUGUGUGGGAUACAAUUGUCAAUAUACCCUAUUUAUACUUGAUCUGCUUUAAAUGGCUAUGAGAAAUAUUUAUGGCAAAGCUUGUAUCAGCAUUCGGUAGUUAUAUAUUGUUACCUCUCCUUAGUGUACUGUAUGUCCAUUGAACUCAAAAUGGUGUUUUGGCGUUUCAAUUCUACCAAACGUAUACAAGUGUUUGGACAUAAGAUCAUGUUAGAGUUGUAAUUAUCUGUACUGAAACAAGCUAUGAAUGAAAUACCUCUUUAAACCACAGUCAGCUUAACAACAAUUUACAAAACAGGCAAAUCAGUGUCACUUAAUCAGUAAAAUACAAUGAGGCCAAAGCAGUUGUCACCAUCCCUUGAGUGCCCUCAUAGCAUUGUAAAGGCUUAUAGUGGACUGCAUAUAGGUUGGAGAUUGAAUUAUGGAAAGUGACAAAACAAUCAAAACCCACUGCAGUAGUUUUAACAGUUUAGUUCUAGGCUAAAUGGGAUUUUCAGUAGAAGAUCUCUAUGAAACAUUUCUCAGUUGAGAAUAUCUACCUAAAGUAGCUUUGACCUAUUUUGUUUUCAGUCGUGUGAAAAUGCCAUGUUUUUUAAUACUCGUCUGUAUUUUGUCCUUGUGCUUUUAUAUGUUUUCUAAUAAUCAUUUUUUGUAAUGUAUGAGGAUUCUUUAUAUUCUUUCACCAGAUGAAAUAAAGACUUAACUUUUCAGA